GCCCUGAAAGCAUGGCAGCUGCAGAGACAGAGGUGGUUUCACCUCUGAUUGUAGACACAGCCCCAGAUAUUUCAGAAUCAGCCGCGGCCUCCGUAGCAGCAGCGGUGACGGUGGCGGCCAGGACUGGAUCGCAAGCUCCGGUCUCUAAGGCCGCCCUGGCUGCUAAGCUCAUGUCGCUGAGCGGCGUGUUCGCUGUGCACAAGCCCAAAGGACCCACUUCAGCCGAGCUGCUGAACCGGCUGAAGGCAAAGCUGCUGGCAGAAGCUGGAAUGCCUUCUCCAGAAUGGAACAAGAGGCAAAAGCAGACACUGAAAGUUGGACACGGAGGGACGCUGGACAGUGCAGCACAAGGUGUUCUGGUGGUUGGGAUUGGAAGAGGAACAAAAAUGCUGACCAGCAUGUUGUCGGGGUCCAAGAGGUAUAUCGCCAUCGGAGAACUGGGGAAAGCUACGGAUACGCUGGAUUCUACUGGGAAGGUAACAGACGAGAAGCCGUAUGAUAAAAUAACACAAGAAGAUAUCGAAGGCAUUCUGCAGAAGUUUACUGGGAAUAUAAUGCAAGUACCCCCCCUCUAUUCUGCGCUGAAGAAGGACGGACAGAGACUGUCAACGUUAAUGAAGAGAGGAGAGGCGGUUGAGGCCAGGCCAGCCAGGCCGGUGACUGUCUACAGCAUCUCCCUCCUGAAGUUCCAGCCACCGUUUUUCACGCUAGAUGUUGAAUGCGGAGGAGGCUUUUACAUCCGAAGCCUGGUCAGUGACAUUGGCAAAGAACUCUCUUCCUGUGCCAACGUGCUGGAGCUGACCCGCACCAAACAGGGGCCCUUUACGCUUGCGCAGCACGCCCUCCCGGAAGACAGAUGGACCAUCGAUGACAUCGAGCGGUCCCUCGAGCGCUGUACGUCUCUUGUGCCAGAGGAGCUGACGUUUAAGAAAUCAAAAUCCGAGAACUCCAGCGACCAGGUUUUAAGAUGUGAAUAUAUAACUCUCAGGGAGACAAAGAGAGAAGAUGAUACAGUUAAGACACUUUGAGCCCAGCCUGGGAGGAUCGUUUCCUGGUUGGUGUAUAUCCUGACCCUGGAAUGUCCAUAAACUUCUUGAGUACUUGGCAAGAUGUCUUAAUGUCUCUGAAUGGUGGAUCUGAUGAUUGGAUUCAGAUGAAUACCGUUUUCUGAAUUUGAUCUUCCCUUAGUCUUUUUCCCAUGAAGAAGUUAACGUUCUAAUUACAGAAGACUGAAGUCUGAGCUGCAGGUUCUACUGGUCUCACGGAAGUGUCAAGCUUGGUUUGCUCAGAUUGGGGGAGGGGAGCGUUCAUUGUUUUGGAAUUCUCUGAAUAUAUUUGAAGUGCUCAGUGUUGAGCUGUCCUGUGUGUUUGCAGAGCUCAUGACUGCUGGGAAGCGCUGGCAGGCUGUAGUCAUCUGAGACUGUGUCUCUUAGAUCUCAAAAAUGAAUACAUAUCCCAAUAAAUACCUGUAAAUGCACAAACUUCUGCUAACAGAAUGUAAAUAGCUUAAGAUGACAUUCAUUCCGUAUCCUGUCUUCAGCAGAGCUCAGCUCCUGUAGCUGUGCACUGUGGCUGCCAUUUCUCUGGUCAACCACGUGGUAUCUAAGGACUAAAAGUGUGAUUUUUAGAGUAUAAACUAAAGAAUGUGUCUUGAAUUAAAAUGCUCUCCUGCCUGU